AGAGGUGGCAGUGUGAGGGGAGAGGAUUUGCCUUACAUUCUGGGACUUCCCCUCAUCGGUGGAGGUCCAUUCUUUCCUCACAACUACAGUCACAGUGAUAUAGUAGUGUCAAAGACUUUAAUACAGUACAUUAGUAAUUUCAUAACAAAAGGGGACCCAAACGGUGACGCAAUUCCGAACGCACCCACUACAGAAAAUAAGCCAGUAACCCAGGACGAUAACAACAUACCCAGCUUACCAUACUGGGAUACCUACGACACCAUUAACCAAUUCUACUUGGAGUUAAGUAGUCGAGGUGCGGAGAGAAGAGACCAUUACAGGGGACAUAAAAUGUCACUCUGGCUCAAUCUGAUCCCCCAACUUCACCGGCCAGGGGAGGGCGAUGACGUAUCGAUGAGGCACCAUCACUUUCAGGAGGAGGACGAUCAAUAUUACGAUGGUUCCGUAAGACCUCAACUUAAGGAACGUCCCCCGUAUGUUAGUUAUCCGAAUCCACCUCCGACUGUGACAGUUCGCGUGUCAUCAACGGUGACAGCACCUACACCCCCACCACCAAAAUCCGACACUGCUCUACAAGCCACUACUACGGAGUGUCCGCCGAACACUACCAUAAUAAUGCAAACGAAAAAUCCAAACAAUUUGCUAAGGAAACUGGCAUCUAGUCAUUACCAGUCCUACACGACAGCACUGACAGUCACUAUAGCUGUGGGAUGUUUUUUACUUUUGCUCAAUAUUCUCAUAUUCGCUGGAAUAUAUCACCAAAGGGAUAGAGGAAAGAGCAAACAAAAACAAAAAGAAGAGUUGAAUGAACAAGGUAGCUGUAGUACAUCCUCGGCUGAAGCCUACGACAAAGCCUUCGACCCCAACAGGCCAAUGCAACAGUUCAAUUGCAACAAGAGCCCCUACCACACCAUGUCCAGGGUAGGCAGUUUCAAACGGGAGACUGUCCCCAACUUCGUGGGGGACUACAACGGGGACAAACUAUCUUUGGAGGAGGUCCAGAUGACCGAGUUACCUUUGCAGGAGUUCAGUUCGUCGCCUCCGCCAGCUAAGAGGCCUGAAGGUAACCCGCACGUUAUGCCACCUGACGUCACCAGCACCAUAAACAACCCCGACCACCAGCAGCACAGUAGCAGUACCACGACAGCCACAAGCCCUACCAUUCCAGAACCACCUCCCCCACCCAAGGGGCAGCCGCCCGCUUGUGCCUACAACCAGCCAGGGAUACUGCGGUCCCACGGGGUGCCCACCACGCCGGGCACCAUGAAGAAACGGGUACAGAUACAGGAGAUAUCCGUAUGAGUGUCAGAUGUGUUCUAUACACUAGGCACUGUUGUAAAAUAUUAGUUGAUAAUGAUACAUAGGUAUAUACCUAUUAUAUGUACGUAAUUUUAUAUUUGUUUUUGUUGGAGAAAAGGUAUUAUGUUUUAUUGGUUAAUGUCCAAGAUGCGUAAUAUAAUAGUUAUUAUGCAGCUAAUUGGAAAACAGACUGUUUUAUGUAACGAAUGGAGUUGUUGACUUUGAACGAAUAUACAUAAGUUACACAAAAAUACACUCAGCAUAAGAAACGCAAAGGAAACAUUUUUCGUCAAAUUUAAAGUAUUAUGUUUUAUAUAUUUUUAUCCCAAUUUUCAUGAUAUUUUUUAGGAAACUGUAUACAGUGUAAACUGUAUACGGGGUCCAAAUAUUCUGCGUUUUGAACGAUAGAUUUUUGAAGAUAUUUUAAGAACCGAUAUUCCGAAAAUUUAAA